AUGCUGGUGGUCAUCUCAACAGCAAAAGACGUGCUGGAGGUCAUCCUGACAAGGGAAGUGGUGCUGGAAAUCGUCGUGGCAGGGGAACAGGUGCUGAAAGUCAUCGUGGCAGAAGAAGAGAUGCUGAAGGUCAACCUGACAGAAGAAGAGGUGUUGGAAGAGGUGCUGGAGGUCAUGUCAACAGCAAAGGUGGUGCUGAAGGUCAUCCAACAGCAAAAAGAGGUGCUGGAAGUCAUCGAGGCAGAAGAAGAGGUGCUCAAGGCCAUGGAAGAGGUGCUGGAGACCUAUCUUAACAGCAAAGGUGGUGCUGGAGGUCAUCCCAAUAGGAGAACAGGUGCUGGAAGAGGUGCUGGAGGUCAUCCCAACAGUGGAAGAGAGAUGCUGAAGGUCAUCGUGGCAGAAGAAGAGGUGCUGGAGGUCAUCUCAACAGCAAAAGUGGUGCAGGAUGUCAUCCUGACAGGGGAACAGGGGAUGGAAGAGGUGCUGGAGGUCAUAUCACCCCGAUCUCUUGCAGCCAUGCAGUCAACUUGA